AUGAUAGAUUCUCCUAUUUUUUAUGCGACGACUGUCCAUUUGGAUCAUAUUGUGACGGCUUUGAAUUGUUUAACACCUUUUGGAGUGAAAGGUGAAAUGCUCAUCACCAUAGAUAAAAAUGGUUUGUCCUUUGCCCAAGAAAACAAUCAUGUAAUCAAGAUCCAAUUGGUUCUUUCACGGGAGUUAUUUCAAACCUUUCACUAUAGCCCGAUAACUGAAACAUCUUUGACCAAGGUAUCCCUGCGGCUUGACCAUGUAUUGGAUAGUUUGAAUAUCAGUAACGAUCGGAACGAUAUAAUUGAGUGUACUUUAACAUAUAAUGGGGAUGGAUCCCCAUUCAUAUUAAUAUUCGAAGAUAACAUGAUCACUGAAAGCGUCGAAUACUCAACAUAUCUGCUCAAAGACUUAGACAACACUGGGUUGGUACUAGAUAGAACGCGACUGCAAUUCGAAUGCAUAAUAAAAGGGGAUGUCUUACACAAUGCCUUACACGAUUUGAAGGAAAUUGGAUGCAAAGAUUGCUAUUUUUAUGCGAUACAUAACGAAACCACCAAAAAGCCCUUAUUCGCAUUGAUUUCAAGAUCUCAACAAGGUUUAUCUAAGAUCAUAUUACCUAAUGAGAGAUCGAUUUUAGAGAAGUUCGAAAUAUACGCAAAUGAUUCAACCACCCUCUUAUAUGAUCAUCCAAUGAUAAGUGUUUUUGAUUAUGGAAUGCUAGACAAAAUACGAGCCAGUGCUCGGAUUGCUUCAAAAAUCAUGAUACGUAGAGAUGUACAUGGUUUGAUGACUGUUAAUAUAUUGAAUGAAACGAAGGAUAUACUAAGACCUAAUGACCAGGAGUAUAAGAGGACUAGAGCCAUUUCAGGUAACAAUCUACCAAGUCAUUAUCCUGGGAUAAUUAUUGAGAUAUGCAUGCUUGAGAAAGCUCUUCCAGAGCUUCCAGACGUAAAUGAGAUAAAAGUAAUGAUGAUUGAAUAUAUGGGAAGUGAAUCGCGCCAUAAUUUCCUUCCCAAUACACAACAACCGCCGAAGAAAACUGCACAUGACGAUAAAGAAGAGGAAAAUAGUGACGGGUAUGAAGCUGCUUCGCAAGAUUUGCCGCUAUUCUUCUAG